UUCAAACGAGUGGCGGGUACCGGGUUCAUUGAGGUGGCGUCUGUUCGCGUCUGGUAUCUGCUCAGCUGUUCUCAAUCAUGGAUCCAAUCCGGAGUUUCUGCGGGAAGCUGCGAUCUCUGGCCAGCACUCUAGACCGCGAGACGGGCCGGCUGCAGCGAGCGCUGGACGGAGAGGACAGCGAUGUUGAAGAUUAUCCAGUGAGAAUUUUGCAUGACCUUUAUUCAGAAGUUUGGACUCUAAAGGGUGAUGUCAAUAUUCUUCUUGAUAAAGCAAGAUUGGAAAGUCAAGAAAGCAUUGGUUUCAUUAAGGCAGCGAAAGUAAUGAUGAAAAAAAGUUCAACAGAUAUCAUGAAAAUAAGAGAGUUUUUCGAGAAGUAUGGAUAUAAUCCACGUGCCAAGAUAAAUUCAGUAAAUGAGCAAGAAGUCAUUGCUUCUACCCCAGAGUUGGCCAAGUGUGAGAAUUUUCAAAAGCCUGAUGUGAAGGAUGAUCUGUCUAAUCCUCUUAUUCCAAGCAGUUCUGUUUCUGAGAAGUCGCCACGUAGUCCACAACUUUCAGAUUUUGGACUUGAGCGAUACAUGGUAUCACAAAUUAUACCAAACCCUCCACAUGCAGUAAAUAACCAUAAGGAAGAGCCUAAAACUGUAACCUCACCUACCAUACAAUCACUACCUAAAGUACUAAAAACUCCAACACGUGCACUAAGGAUGGAUGAUUGUGAGUGUGUAACUCCUAAGUUAGAGCAGUUUGGUAUCUCUGAAUAUACCAUGUGUUUGAAUGAAGAUUAUACCAUAGGCCUUAAAUAUGUGAAGAAGACUAAAAGUGAGGAGACUGUAGAAACAGAAAGUAUGGCCAAUGAUAAGUUUUUGGCUACUCCUGGCCCCAUAAUCCAGCAGAUGGAAAAAAGUGGUGCUGAGUAUACAAAUUCCCCCUUGGCACCUACAUUCUGCACUCCUGGUUUGAAAAUUCCUUCUACAAAGAACAGCACAGCUUUGGUAUCCACAAAGCACCCAUUAUCAAAAACAAAUAGUUCAUCAAGUGAUUUGGAAGUUAAAGAUUGUACCUCGUUAGUUUUAAAUUCAGAGGAGUGCUUUGAGAAUUUUGCAGAUCCCUCUUCUCCUACAGUUUCUUCUUAUGAAAAUCUACUCAGAACACCUACACCUCCAGAAGUAACCACAAUUCCAGAAGAUAUUCUCCAGAUUUUGUCAAAAUACAACUCAAACUUAGCUACCCCAGUAGCAGUUAAAGCAGUGCCUCCCAGCAAAGGAUUCCAUAAAUAUGAAAGACAAAACAUCCAAGAUGUUGGCAACAAAGAAAACUGGUGAAACUUUUGCACUGUGUUGGGUUCAUCGUCUCACCUCAG